CUCACAAAGUGGCACCGUAGUUCUGGAGGCCAAAGAGCGACAGACGAUUUCCGCCCCGUAUUUCACGCCCCCGUCGUUUGCGACUCUGGAAGACAUGCGGAAGGACGCCCUAGACGGCUCUGGUAGGGACUACGUGUCGGCAAAGAAGCGCGCAUUGGCCCGCGACGACUUUCGCUGCAUGCUAUGCGGCAUAUAUGACAAGAAUUCUGUCAAACAUAAUCGUGCAUUUUUCCCAAAGCACGUUCUUGAUGCCGUUGGGACGGGGUUCACCAGUGGCUGCCAUAUUUUGUCUGAGUUCACGCUGCGAGAUGACGACUCCAUGGAUCUGGGUCACGAUAGAAAGAGAGAAUAUGCAGCAUCUGUUCUCUCAGUCCUCAGUUCGUUCGGACUGAAUACAUUCGUCGAAGAUAUGGUAAAGCAGAGCACUAUAAACCACUUAUCCAACGUCCUCACAAUGGCCAAUCCUUUUCGCGACCUCUUCGAUCGACUAGAGCUUUGGCUUGAGGGUACAAAUAUACCGAAUGAGCACAAGAUAUGCGUGGGUGACGAAAGUCUUCUCAUGCUGUUCAGACUAAGGGAGCGAAAUCUCCGCUUCCGAGCUCAUGUUCCGGGUCGAGAUGAUCUUCCACUGCCUGACUCCCGACUGCUUGCUAUCCAUGCGGCAUGUGCGCGGACGAUGCAAUUGUCCGGAGCUGCUGAGCACAUAAGUGGGUACGAUUGGGAUGCCGAGGACUUGCAAGUUCUUGCGGAAGACGGAUCUUCGAGCGCAGUCCUGCUCGAGAAAGUCAAGAGGAUCGCUGUCUUUUCGUCUUCAAGUGCACAAGAUGUGUCCCGUUCGUCCUGAGUUGUCGCGACGGCUUCCGGUGCAUGCUCAGCGGCGCGUACGACAUCGAUUCUGUCGGCUUUGAUACUGCAACUUACCCAGAACAUACCCGCGCCACUGCUGGGAGAAGAUGCACAAAUUGCUGCUACAUCUUCCUCGGCUCCGCGUUUCAAGAUUCCAACCUGGAGGACCCGGAUUGCAUUAUAAAGAGGUGCUUUGCAUAAGUCAUUCUCACAGCCCUCGAAUUGUUUGGAGUUGGGUCAUUCGUGGGGGAGGCAGCAGGGCGGGGCGAUGAGAGUUACCUAUCUAACGUCCUCACAAUGAUCAGUCGUCUUCACAGCCUCUUCAACGAGUUGUAGCUCUGGCUCGAGGCCACGAACAUGCCCGAAUGAGCCAUCUACUUCUCUUUUUCAUUCUUUUCGCACUGACGGUUUACAGCACAGAACUGCUGUUCUGCCGUCGUAGGCCAUUGCUGUGCCGUUGGCGUCCGCAGGUAAUUGAGGC